GAAGAAUGUUCCUGAUCUUGAUUUUUAGUAUUCUGUUCCUGGUUCAACAGGCAACGCUAGAAUUAACCGCCGAGGCAGAAAUAUGGGUGUGGAAUGAGCUGAGGCAACAUGAUUGUGGAACUGUCUCACCUAAAGUGGAACCUCGUCGGCGCAUGUUGGGUGUAGUAGGUGGUCGUAGGGUUCCAGUGAUGAGUCGUCCCUCGAUGGCACUUCUUUUCCUGGACGAUGCAAUGGAACACUGUCGCUGCGGAGGCAGUCUCAUCACCAAACGCUUUGUCUUGACUGCUGCUCAUUGCCUGGUAAUGUGUCCUAGAAGAAAUGAAAUAAAGGUGCGGUUGGGUGAGCACACCUUAACAACUUCGCAGGAUUGCUCUGUAGUUCGCGGACAAAGGAUUUGUGCUCCACCAGUUGAGAAUUUUAAUGUUGAGAAAAUCAUACUCCAUGAGGAAUUCUCAUUCUUUAAGCAAAUUAAUGACAUUGCCCUUUUGCAGCUCAGUCAAAAUGUGAUACCCAACAUUCAUAUUCGUCCCAUUUGCCUGCCUUUGACACCGGAUCUCCUGGUGCAUACUUCCAUAUUGGGGCAGUCCUAUAUUGCCACUGGCUGGGGAUAUAUGGACCAAGGACAACUAUCAGAUGCACUCUUGGAAAUAUCUAUCAAAAGCUAUCAGUGUCCAAGUAGAUAUGUCAACCAAUCUAUAUUGUGCUCCAAUGGUCACAUCCAGGAUACCUGCAAGGGCGACUCGGGUGGUCCCUUGUUGUCGAAGACCUCCUUCUUUGGCUCUGAUCGUUAUGUGCAAUUUGGGGUUAUAAGCCAUGGUAGUUGGACUUGUGGCCAAGGAGCUGGAGCUUACUUCACCAAAGUUCCUCCCUUUAUGCCUUGGAUAAUCAAGAAGAUAGCUAUUUAUUUUAUGGAAAAUCCUAUUGAGCAGCUGCGUGCAAUUGAGCGACUUUUGCUGCCCGGUCAACCUGAGUAAUCAGUGCUUUAUAAUAUAUAUUAUAUAUUUUAAAAGAACUUGGUAUAUAUUUUUUUAAGAUAAUAUGUAGAUUAAAACAUGACCCAAACUUUUAAUGAAAUAAAAUUUUGAA